UCUCAGUCCAGGCAACCUUGGCAUAGGGGCGGCGCCAGUGGGGACUCCGCACAGAGUUGCGGCGGAUGAGGGGGCACCGGAGAUGGGAUCCGAUGUUAAGGGUCUGUGGUCCACCCCCUAGAGCUCUAGGCGAUGCCGGAGCUCCCCACCCCCACCCCGCCAAGCCGGCGAGCCCUGCGCAAUUCCCGGGGAGCGGCGCAAGCCCGUCCGGGGGCGGGGCGGAGCCCGGGCUGGGGGUGCCAAACAGACCCGGCAGCUGUGCCCGCGACUCUGUAGUCCAGGCGCAUUUGGUGGGGCGACUGGGCAGGGAGCAGGCAAGGAGAGCGGGACUGAGGGCUCCGCGGACAGACCGACAGACGGACGCCCCCGCAUACGCAGACGCACCGAGCUCCGCACGGCCCCUGUCACACACAGACAGGGACACACGCAGACACGCACACUCGCGCGCUCACAUCCUCCCGCCAGCCUGCUUGUCCGCCGGCGCCUGGAGCCCGCUCUGGCCGUUUGCUUUUUGCUGAGGAAAACUCCCAGUCCUGGCCCCAGAUGGCACCCUUCCCCACCUGGAUACCUUGGGAAUGAAGUUUGAGGGAAUUAGGAGUGAGAGAGAGAGCCAGGCUGCUGAUGACUCCAAGGGAGGGACCCUGGACAUGUGCUGUAGUGAGAGGCUGUUGGGUCUGCCCCAGCCGGUAGAGAUGGAAGGUCUGGACGAGGGUGAAGGACUCCCCAGCAAGCAGAAAGAGAUGCCACCCCCGCCACCCUCACCGCCCUCUGAGCCAGCUCAGAAGCUGCCACCUCAAGGUGCCGGGAGCCACUCCCUCACCGUCAGAAGCAGCCUGUGCCUGUUUGCUGCCUCUCAGUUCCUGCUUGCCUGUGGGGUGCUCUGGCUCAGUGGCCAUGGCCACUCCUGGCUGCAGACCACCACAGACCUCGUCUCCUCCUCGCUCACAGUGUUGAACCACCUGGGACCUGCGGCCUGGCUAGAUUCUGGGACCUGGGGGACACCAAGUCUGCUGUUGGUCUCUCUGACUGUGAGCCUGGGCAUCAUCACCACCCUGGUGUGGCACCUUCUCAAGACACCCCCAGAGCCACCUGUCCCACUGCCCCCAGAGGACAGACGACAAUCAGUGAGCCGGCAGCCCUCCUUCACUUACUCAGAGUGGAUGGAGGAGAAGGUAGAGGAUGACUUUCUGGACCUGGACGCGGUGCCGGAGACACCCGUGUUUGACUGUGUAAUGGACAUCAAGCCUGAGGCCGAUCCCACCUCGUUGACCGUCAAGUCCAUGGGUCUGCAGGAGAGGAGGGGCUCCAAUGUCUCCUUGACCCUGGACAUGUGUACUCCUGGCUGCAAUGAGGAGGGCUUCGGCUACCUGGUGUCCCCACGAGAGGAGUCAGCCCAUGAGUACCUGCUCAGUGCCUCCCGUGUCCUCCGGGCAGAGGAGCUGCACGAAAAGGCCCUGGACCCUUUCUUGCUGCAGGCGGAAUUCUUCGAAAUCCCCAUGAACUUUGUGGAUCCAAAAGAAUAUGAUAUCCCAGGGCUGGUACGGAAGAAUCGGUACAAAACCAUCCUUCCCAAUCCUCACAGCAGGGUACGUCUGACGUCACCAGACCCCGAAGAUCCUCUGAGUUCCUACAUCAAUGCCAACUACAUCCGGGGCUACAAUGGGGAGGAGAAGGUGUACAUCGCCACCCAGGGACCCAUCGUCAGCACUGUGGCCGACUUCUGGCGCAUGGUGUGGCAGGAGCGCACACCCAUCAUCGUCAUGAUCACCAACAUCGAGGAGAUGAACGAGAAGUGCACGGAAUAUUGGCCUGAAGAGCAGGUCGUCCACGACGGCGUAGAGAUCACCGUGCAGAAAGUCAUCCACACAGAGGACUACCGGCUGCGACUUAUCUCCCUCAGGAGAGGGACUGAAGAGAGAGGCUUGAAGCAUUACUGGUUCACAUCCUGGCCUGACCAGAAGACCCCCGACCGGGCACCCCCACUCCUGCACCUGGUACGGGAGGUGGAGGAGGCAGCCCAGCAAGAGGGACCCCACUGUUCCCCAAUCAUUGUUCACUGCAGUGCAGGGAUUGGGAGAACUGGGUGCUUCAUCGCCACCAGCAUCUGCUGCCAGCAGCUGCGACGUGAGGGCGUGGUAGACAUCCUAAAGACCACGUGCCAGCUCCGUCAGGACAGGGGUGGCAUGAUCCAAACAUGCGAACAGUAUCAGUUUGUGCACCACGCCAUGAGCCUCUAUGAGAAGCAGCUAUCCCUCCAGUCCUCAGAGUGACCACACUCUUCCUCUGAGAUCCACUGGGCACUGCCGAGCCUGAGGCUGGGCCUUCACCCCAGCUACCCAAGGUCUGACCUUGGGUCCUGGGCCUGUUCCCUGGCUCUCCCCUUCAGUCUGCCCCCAUCUGUUGUCCUGGCCUGGUCCCUACCCCAAGCCUAGCUCUUCUACUGUACAUACUGCAGAGUUCGGGAGGGCAGGGGAGGAAUGUGCCAGGCCAGGCCUGGGGCCCCUGGGCCUGACCCACACCGUAUAGACCUGGGGCCUCAGUUUUAACCAUGGUUCCACAGCUACUUGGUCCAAAAUGUUUUCAUGCCACACCCCAAGUGUCCUACCACAACAUGUUCUGUCUGUCCAUCCAUCACAGCUAUCUGUACCAAACACUGUGUCCCCUCAGCCAGGAAAGGAGUACUGAUCUGAGCUCUCACCCCUCAGCCCUCACCCACAUCGCCAUUCCCAGACACCCACCCUGCUCCCCAGGCAGAGAGGCCUACCAAUCUCUGGCCUCACAGGAUGUGGAUGGUGGAGACGAGGCAGGGAGAAUGUGGUGGUUGACCAAGAUCCCAGCUAAGAAGGUUCCCGGGCAAGGGUGGGCAUCUCUGGCCUAUGAGACACUGGAGAGGAAGAGGACAGAUACAGUGGGAAACCCUAAGGAUCUGAGCCCUGAGGGGGCCCUCCAAGAGUAGGGUGGGGACGGCUCCAGACCUGCGAGGCAUCUUUCUGUGUCACUAUGGGAAACCCCAAAUGUCUCCUCGCUACAUGUCGCUCCGUGUGUUCCCUUGUCCAUGUGUGUGUUGAGAGCCCAUGAGCAGGGCAUGCAUGACUCUUUGGCAACAUGUGUUAUCUUGGAGCCACGUGUUUUUAUCGCUGACUUUAAAUAUUUAUUCCACGGCAUACAGAGACAUUUGGUGUCUUUUUAUAAUCCGCUCGUGGUCAUUGAAUAGAGCAAUAAACAGAGCAUUUUGAGCAAAACUA